AACUUUUAACAGUUACAUUUCACUGAUCUUCUUCGUAGAAUCAACGCUGUUUUCUGUUGUUACAAUAUUUAGACUUUUCGUACUGAAAUGACGACUUCUCAACUCGGAAAUUUGACCACCCGAGCAGCACUUGAAUGCAGCAUCGCUCCCCCCACCCGGCUGUGCUGAGCUCGAGGAGCAGCUAGUCACCAAUCAGAGGCCAGAGCUCUGAAGCAGCGUCACAGUUUCACAUCAGCUCCUCCGCUUUAAGAGCAGCUCGUCUCCACUGGUUUCAUUACACUUUUUCUCCCACUCAGAGAAAGAAGAGAAGAUGGCAAGAACCAAGCAGACCGCUCGUAAGUCCACCGGAGGCAAAGCCCCCAGGAAGCAGCUGGCCACCAAGGCUGCCCGUAAGAGCGCCCCUGCCACCGGCGGCGUGAAGAAACCUCAUCGUUACAGGCCCGGUACCGUGGCUCUCAGAGAGAUCCGUCGCUACCAGAAAUCCACCGAGCUGCUCAUCCGCAAGCUGCCCUUCCAGCGUUUGGUCCGUGAGAUCGCUCAGGACUUCAAGACCGACCUGCGUUUCCAGAGCUCCGCCGUCAUGGCUCUGCAGGAGGCCAGCGAGGCUUAUCUGGUCGGUCUCUUCGAGGACACCAACCUGUGCGCCAUCCACGCCAAGAGGGUUACAAUCAUGCCCAAAGACAUCCAGCUGGCCAGAAGGAUCCGCGGAGAGAGAGCUUAAACUAUCUGCUCCUUAAACAACAUCCACAACGGCUCUUUUAAGAGCCACCUACCUCACACUAAAGAGCUCUAUCCU